AAUCCCAACUUAUCUCGUAGGGUGAGGAUGAGAUGCGAGCGUUGCACUCCGGGCGGAGGGAAGCCGUCGUUCCAAGAAAUCCUGAUCUCCGAUUCAAUUCCACCACGAAAACAUGUAAGCCUUCAUCAAUCCGUUGGUGUAGGGUUUUUCAAGGUUGAUUCCUUCGAAUCGCGUCGUCUCGGAGGCGGCGCCUUUUGGUUGCCGUGGUAAAUUUGGUCUCCGACCUUUUUGGGUUGAAUCUGCUCUUCUACAUUUACGCAUUAAUUAGAUUUUAUUUAGAAUGAUCAUUACUUCGUGCUGCAAAUGAUCCCCCUGAUUAAACUGGUGCUGCUGGUUGCAGAGAAGCGGCUGAUGAUGCAGGUUGAGAACCCUAUUGAUUAAUAAGUAUCUAUGUGAUUGAGAAGCCAUGGUCAAUCUUGUUGAAAAUGUACUUUAAUUUAAACUUCAUGGUUUUAGGACUUACAUAUUUAACUCUUGUUCGGCCUUUAUUUUCUUUCUGUUUCUAUUCUUUUCUUGGAAAAAAAUAUGAAGCCAACUUGCAGGUCAAAGUCAUCUAAUUUAGAUGGUGAACUUUGGAUGAUUGUUGGCAAAAAUAAGGAUGCAGUUCUCUAUGCCUCUUAAAGCUCUUUUGUUUGGAUAGGCUUUGAGUAAGCUGCCACAUUCUACUCCAUGUUAGAUUUGUUAGAGUGAUUGGUGUGGGUACCAUUUUGGAGGUUUCUUCAUAUUUUCUUUUUGUUUAUAUCCUUCGUUUUGAAAGUUAAGCUAAUUUGCGGGGCAAAGUCAUCUAAUUUUGACGGUGAACUUUGGAUGACUGUUGGCAAAAACAAGAAUGCAGUUCUCUGUGCCUCUUAAAACUCUUUUGUUUGGAUAGGCUUUGAGUAAGCUGUGACAUUCUACUCCAUGUUAGAUUUGUUAGAGUAAUUGGUGUAGGUACUGAUGAGGGUAAUAAUGGCGACAUGACGCACCACGACGUCAGCCACGCCUGGACGACACUCUGCCCAAGGAGAAGGGCAAUAAUGCUGACUCGAUGUGCGCCAACGUAACCCGCUCUUAGACAACGACUUCAUUGUCGCCCGAGCCCGCACGCUUGACCGAGGCAGAAGAGGACGACGACCGAGGCUCGCCCAUACCCUGCGGCAGUUCGGUUCUCCACGCAACGACAACGACAAUGUCAGACGCCAUCAGAGGUACGGUCCUUCCCUGCAGGCAGGCACAUCAGGUAACACUAAACUUACCUAUAAAUACCCCAAAGUUCUAGAUGAAAAGGGGGGGUCUCCUUCAUACAAAAAAUCCCCUCCGCAUCCACUGACUCGAUCGUCGGAGGGGUUGGGCCGAGCUUCCGACCCGACCUUUGUGCAGGUGCGAAGCCGAAGGUCCCCACUAGACGUGCAGGCGAGGAGUUCUUGCCCGGAGGAAACGGCGACCUCGUCCCGACUGACCGUAGUGAUCGGCCACUAAGAGACCUCGAGAGACGCUGCGCGAGAUCCCCGUCAUUCGGACCCCUGACCAAGCCGCGUCGGCUCCGAGGCCACGACAUAAAGUUGUUGCACUAACAGAUUGGCGCUAGAAGGAGGGCCCGGAAUGUCGGUAGAUCACCCAAGCGUCUCAGAUGAGCCCACGGCUGAGAGGUCACACCCGACCGAAGCCUCGAGGGAACAUCCCCCGCACGGAGACCAUCGUGACAAACACCCCGCCACGACCUCCGAACGAUAUUGGCGAAUAUUCAACGACUCGGGCUUGUUGUUGCCCGACGACGCCCCAGCCGACUCAAUGCCCGUGUCACCCGAGGCCUUUCAGGACCUUGCCCGUCAAGUCCGAACUCUGAUGAAAAUGGUGCAAACCAUUAUCCCGCUCGUUUCUCAUCCGGUGCACCCGCCCGCGAUCGAACCACUGCGACAACGUAAGGCGCCCGUUCGGGCCCACUUGACACCACUGGAACUCCCCACUUCGCCUCGGGUCCGGCCGGCCUCGCUCGGGGAUCCAGUGAAGACAAACCCGAGCGGUCGCCCAGAACCCGAGGUGCUCUCUUUGGACUCCUUGCGGGCCCAUUUGCGCUUCGUCAGCCAGCGACUUGACGAGGUGCAGGAAGAGGUUCGCAGGUCCAAGGGAGAGGGCCGGCCCACGCGUGGUAUGGCGGCUUGGAGACCGGAACGAUCGCUUCCUUCGGCCAGCUCGCCAAUGACUUCGAGCUCCACUUCGUAGCCUGUGCACGGCCAAAGCCCUCCGCGACACUGCUCCUCGGACUCAAACAAAGGGAGGAUGAGCCCCUCUCACACUUUGUGGAUAGCUUUGCCACGUAAAUCCGGGGCUUGCCGGACACUCACCCCUCUCUGUUAGUGCAGGCGUUUGUGAUAGGCCUGCGACCUUCCAGAAUCCUCUGGUCCCUCGCGGAGCGACCUCCCACUACGGUGCCAGAGAUGCUCCAGUGGGCUAAUCGGUACAUCGCAGCCGAGGCCUGGGCGACCGCGAGAAGGGACGACCUCCGACCGCGGGCUCCAUAAGAGAGGCCAAGCACCUGCGGUGGCUACCCGAUGUAGUCCUCAUGAAAAGAAAUCUAAGCCCUGCCUCAGUCUCUUCUGAGCGAAGGUUCAGUAUCUACCUGACCCCCUCUCGGCUCGCGGUUGGCCCCAGCUUAAACCCCUUUGACUCUACACGGCUCGGCAGUAGACUACCCGAGUCCACCUCAGCGCGGCCUGCCCGCCUGAGUUGUGUCUCUCGGUCCGAGCCACUUCCCUCGGCCAUGGACUCCCCGAGUCCACCACAGCACAGCCUGCCCGCCUGAGUUGUGUCCCUCGGCCUGAGCCACUUGCCUCGGCCGUAGACGACCGAGCCCCCCUAAGGGCGGCCUUCCCGUCCGAACCUCAUCACUCGGUCGCAUGACGCUCGAGACCACGCCUGCGCUGUCUGCCCGCCUGCGUCGUGCUACUCGGCCGCAUGACGCUCGAGACCACACCUGCGUGGUCUGCCUGCCUGCGUCGUGCUCCUCGGCCGUAUGAUGCCCGAGACCACACCUGUGCGGUCUGCCCGCCUGCGUCAUGCUCCUCGGUCGCAUGAUGCCCGAGACCACACCUGCGCGGCCUGCUCGCCUGCGUCGUGCUCCUCGGCCCCAUGCACCCCAAGACACACUUGCGUGGCCAGCCCGCUUGCGUCGUGCUCCUCGGCCCCAUGUCUCCCGAGACACACCUGCGCUGCCAGCCCGCCUGCGCCGUGCUCCUCGGCGUCAUGUUCCCGAGACACACCUGUGCGGCCAGCCCGCCUGCGUCGUGCUCCUCGGCCACAUGUUGCCCGAGACCACACCUGCGCGGCCAACCUGCUUGCGUCGUGCUCCUCGGCUCCAUGCCCUCGAGACCACACCUGUGUGGCCUGCCCGCCUACGUCGUGCUCCUCGGCUCCAUGCCCCCAAGACCACACCUGCGCAGCCAGCCUGCCUGCGCCGUGCUCCUCGGCCCCAUGCCCCGAAGACCACCUCCUCGGCGCGGCGUGCCCGCCCAAGAUGUGCUUGACCUCAUAUCGCCUGAGAUUACCACGGUAUCGGAGGCUGAAGCCAUGCCUCGGACUCCCCCAUUUUGCAACAACCGAUGCAUAGCUCCUUUCCGGGGGGGAAUAUGAUGAGGGUAAUAAUGGCGACAUGACGCACCAUGACGUCAGCCACGCCUGGACGACACUCUGCCCAAGGAGAAGGGCAAUAAUGCUGACUCGAUGUGCGCCGACGUCACCCGCUCUCAGACAACGACUUCAUCGUCGCCCGAGCCCGCACGCUUGACCGAGGCAGAGGAGGACGACGACCGAGGCUCGCCCAUACCCUGCGGCAGUUCGGUUCUCCAUGCAACGACAACGGCAAUGUCAGACGCCAUCAGAGGUACGGUCCUGCCCCUGCAGGCAGGCAUAUCAGGGGUCGGGCCGAGCUUCCGACUCGACCUUUGUGCAGGUGCGAAGCCGAAGGUCCCCACUGGACGCGCAGGCGAGGAGUUCUUGCCCGGAGGAAACGACGACCUCGUCCCGACCGACCACAGUGAUCGGCCACUUAGAGACCUCGAGAGACGCUGCGCGAGAUCCCCGUCAUUUGGACCCCUAACCAAGCCGCGUCGGCCCCGAGGCCACGGCAUAAAGUUGUUUACACUAACAGGUCAAAGACAUCUGAUUCAAAUGGUGAACUUUGGAUGAUUGUUUGCCAUUUCGGAUACCAGGUCCAUCUUGGAGAUUUGUUGACAUGAUACAUACCGGUCUGUACCAGUGUACCGACAUAUGGUAUGCUUGGGCAUGCCAAAGGGGACUCGGGUGAGCUAUCUCGAAGGCGACUCGGACCGAUAUGUACCAUCCAUACCAUAUUGACUCGGGCGGUACAGCAAACCUGCUGCAAAAAUAAGAAUAUGUGGAAAUAAACAAUAGGCUUGAUGGCUAAAGGAGACCGCCCAAAAUUGAGAAGGUUCAAAUGGAUGAUUUGAUGAGAUUUCACUAUCAACUGCCACCUGAACAAUAGCUUGCUAAUGAUGAGUACCAAGUUCUUAGAGAUGCAAAAAAUUAGGGAGGAGGAGAACUUUCUUGAGAGACUACAUAAACUUCAGCUAGGUAUACCUAAUACACUAAAUGUGAUUUCAAAUAUUCCUUUUCUCUUCGUUGGCGUUGUCGGGCUUACACUCUGCUUCUAUAGAAACUAUUUUAGGUUAAGAUUGCAAGGUGAAAUUUGGGGUUGGUCAAUUUUCUUUCUUGGUGUGACUGCUGUUGCAUUUGGUUCUUCCUAUUACCACCUCAAGCCAAACGAUGCUCGACUUGUUUGGGAUCGGCUACCUAUGACUGUUGCAUUUACAUCUAUUAUGGCAAUCUUCAUCAUUGAGAGGGUUGAUGAAAAGACUGGAACAACAUCAAUUGCACCCCUUGUUAUUGCGGGUAUAGUUACCAUCUUGUAUUGGAGAUUUUUCGAUGAUUUACGCCCUUAUGCACUCAUCCAGUUCCUUCCUUGCAUCAUUAUACCUUUAAUGGCUAUACUAAUUCCACCAAUGUAUACACAUUCUUCGUACUGGCUAUGGGCAGCAGGAUUUUAUCUCUUGGCUAAAGUAGAAGAAGCUGAAGAUAAACAGAUUUACAAAUGGACAAAUCACAUUGUCAGUGGGCAUACUCUUAAGCAUCUUUUUGCGGCAAUGGUUCCAGUUUUCUUGACACUCAUGCUUGCAAAAAGAGACAUUGAGCCUGAGAGGAGGAGUUUGCUUCAGAAAUGGAAGAUCUAUUGGAUCAGAAUAAAAGAAAGUGGGUUAAAGGCUGAAAGAUUGGAAUGCGAGUACUCUGAAGUUUCAACGACGGUCUAAUGGUAAAAAUAUGUUUAGUCAUUGACAGUCAUAGACAAAGUGGUUUCCUUUGUUAUGUGAAAUCCCCCAUUGAGCGUAGUCAUAUGUAUCCUCAAAUAGUUGGGACAACAUUGUGUUGUAUUUGUUGUAAUGUACUCAAUAUGUAUACAGUACAGAAAGCUGGUUUAUACAUGUUAUGCCCCUGGAACAUGUAUUAUUAUGUCACCCAAAUAACUUGCCACAAGCUUCUGUGUCACCUGUCACUGACAUAGUUGAUCUUGUACAGUUGUUUACCCUAUUGUACAACAGUUCCUAAUGUCAGAAUAUUGUAACGUUGAUCAAUGUUAAAGUUCAAACUAUUCAGACA